AUGACACUCAAUAGCGAAUAUGCUAGCCACAAGCUACUCGUUGCAAAUCGAGGGGAGAUCGCUGUCAGAAUCAUUCGAACUGCUCAACGGCUUGGUAUAGCAACACUAGCCAUUUACACCUCGUCAGAUGCCCUCUCCCCUCACGUUGCCAUCGCAGACGAGUCUGCUUAUUUGCAGAACAGCCCCAGCGACCAAGAGCAACCAGGAUCGGAGUCGAAGCUGUAUUUAUCAAGUGCUACUAUCAUCUCGAUAUGCAGGCAGCAUCAGGUUACUAUGGUUCAUCCAGGUUAUGGAUUCCUCUCGGAGAAUGAGGAAUUUGCUUUUUCUGUAGAGGCAGCCGGGAUGAUCUGGCUCGGUCCCCAACCAGACGUCAUUCGGAUCAUGGGUCUAAAACACGAAGCCCGGUAUCUUGCUGCAAAGGCUGGCUUACAACUCGUUCCAGGAUCUCAAGGACUUGUAAAUACUCUCGAUGAGGCGCUAAGCAUAGCAAACACGAUUGGUUUUCCUGUGAUUCUGAAAGCGACAGCUGGAGGAGGUGGCAUGGGCCUUCUUGUUUGUCGAAACGGCAGCGACCUCUCCAAUUCCUUUAUUAGCGCUCAAGAAAGGGCAACUUCAUUAUUUCAAAACGGCGGAGUUUUUAUCGAACGAUACUACCCCGCAGCACGCCAUAUCGAGAUACAGGUGUUCGGUAACGGACUGGGGGAUGUGGUACACAUGGGAGAGAGAGAAUGCAGUGUUCAAAGGAGACAUCAAAAGGUUGUGGAGGAGACCCCGAGCCCGUUCGUCACUGGUCAUCCUGGUCUUCGAGAAGAUAUGUGCGAUGCAGCCGUGAAGCUGUGCAAAGCCAUCAAAUAUGCAUCCGCAGGUACCGUAGAGUUUCUUGUGGACGAUGAGUCGGGGCAGUUUUUCUUCCUUGAAAUGAAUACCCGUAUCCAGGUCGAGCACGCCAUCACAGAGGCCAUACAUCCUGGUCUGGACCUCGUAGAAAUGAUGUUAGCACAAGGAAUCGCACAGCGGUCUGAAGCGAGAGGUCUUGAUCGUACGGCUCAAAGCAUGACGCAAGCUAUUUACGACAAGAACCUCGUCGAGUCUCGCAUCCACGCCAUCGAAACCAGAGUCUACUGUGAAAACCCCUCAGAAGGCUUCAAACCCAGUCCAGGCAUCCUACAGCUCGUAGAAUUCCCCAAAGAGAAUUGGCUUCGUGUUGACAGCUGGGUGUCUACGGGAACAGAAGUGACCCGAUUUUUUGAUCCGUUGAUAUGCAAACUAAUCGUGACUGGUCCAACACGAGAGCAAGCAGUUUCCAGAAUGGCCCAAGUCUUGAAAGCCUGCAAAGUUUUUGGCCCGCCGAACAACCUGGCCUACCUCGCUUCAAUAUGCGAAAGUACUAUUUUCAAGGAAGGGAGGGCCACAACACGAUUUUUGGACAGCUUUGAUUUCUCCCCAAGAGCAUUCACUGUCCUUUCGGCUGGUAUUGAAAUGACUAUCCAAGACCUACCCGGCAGGCAUAUGGGAAUGGGCAUGCCACAAAGCGGCCCCAUGGACUCUCAGGCAUUCAGCGCAGCCAACAUACUUGUUGGCAAUACACCGGAGACGGAGGCGUUAGAGAUCGUCACCCUCCCCGGCGCCGGAUGCAAGCUGAAAUUCCACAGUUUCGCUACAGUAGCCAUAACUGGGAAGCCAGCAACUGUCAAGAUCAACGGAGAAAAUGUAUCAAUGUGGGCUCGCCUUACCAUCUCCGAAAACACGACCCUCGAUAUUGGGGGCCUGCCAGGUCCUGGGUUCAGAGUAUAUCUAGCAAUCAGAGGCGGCUUCCCUGAAGUGCCGCAAUAUCUUGGAUCCAAGUCAACGUCGAUGGGCCUUGGAGGCUAUCAGGGAAGAUCGCUUAGAGUCGGUGACCAGCUGGCUUUAAGUUCGCAAUCAUCAUCCAAGCAAAACGAGAUCGGUUCAGUACCCUUCUUGCUCCCCGAAAACCUCGUUCCGGUUUAUCCUCAAGAUUGGGUUAUCCGAGUCUUGGCUGGACCACACGACGACGCAGAAUUUUUGACCCCCGAAGGAAACGCCAAGUUUUACUCGACGAAGUGGUCCGUUAGUUCAUCAAGUAACAGAAUGGGGAUACGGCUCGAGAGCGAUCAAAGCAUCGAUUGGGCCCGCAGCACUGGUGGCGAAGGCGGCUCUCACCCUAGCAACAUCCUAGAUAAUGGAUACGCGUUAGGGACGAUUAACGUGAACGGAGAUACGCCUGUUAUCUUAACGAACGAAGGACCAGACAUGGGUGGAUAUGUCUGCCUGUGCACCGUUGCGACUGCAGAAAUGUGGAAACUAGGGCAAUUGAGCCCCGGUAGUACUGUGACGUUCCGCAAGAUUUCAUGGCAGGAUGCACAAGCUUGCAGGAAAGAUCGACUCAGAUGGAUCGAGGCCGUUCAGGCCGCUGUCGCUGGACCCCAACCACCGACGAGCUUCACAGACGGUGCUUUGGAAGGUAGGGAAUUGUCCGGAAUCCUGCACAGAAAUGAGUGGUUUCCAGGAAGUCCAAGACCUGCUGUAACGUUUCGGCAGGCUGGCGACUCUGCUAUUCUUGUAGAAUAUGGCGAGAUGCAUCUAGAUUUCGUUCUUCGAGCGCGCGUACACGCGCUGGAAUCGGAGGUGCGCAAGAGGUGCAUCAAAGGCAUAUGGGCGUUUUCUCCAUGCAUUCGCUCCACGAUGUGUCGUUAUGAUCCCUCGGUGAUCCCCCAAGCAGACGUGCUCGCCGUUCUAAUGAGCGCAGAGCGCUCAUUGCCAGAUUCUGCAUCAAACCUUCAGUUCCCCGGGCGCAAGAUUACGUUCCCGAUCGUACUCGACGAUCAGUGGAAUCGCGAUGCAUUGCAACGAUACAUGCGGACGACCAGAAAUAGCGCGGUUUAUUUGCCCAGCAAUAUUGAUUACCUCGCGCGAAAUAAUGGGCUGGAGGGCGGUGUCGACGAGGCGCUUCAGAAAUUGAUGGAUUCUGCUUGGCUUGUUUUUGGCGUCGGAUUUUAUCUAGCCUGCCCAUUCUUGGUUCCGAUCGACCCGCGAUGCCGUCUGGUCGGGCAGAAAAUGAACCCUUCACGGACAUAUACUCCUAGUGGAGCGGUGGGCAUUGCUGGUCCCGUGGCGGCCAUCUAUCCGGUCGUCUCACCAGGUGGAUACCAGCUAUUUGGGCGCACGCUUCCUGCUUGGCAAACCUGGGGAAAGGGGCCCGAUUUUGCCUCCGAUCGGCCGUGGCUGCUCCAGCCUUUUGACCAGGUCCUCUUCGAACCCGUUAUCGAGGAACGUUAUCUCGAGAUUGAACGAGAAUUCAAUGCCGGACGGUACAAAUUCAAGAUCGAACCAGCGGUCUUUUCCAUGGCGGCGUACCUCACAUUCAUUGACAGCAUAGAGCAAGAGAUCACAGAGUUCAAGCGAAAACAGGCAGAAGGAACAGCAAGAGAGGAAGCACGUGAGACUGAACUGUUGCGCGAAUGGCAAGCGGCGAAAGCCUCGCCUACGGUAUUGGUGGAUGACAUAGACGUUGGACCUGGUAGCACGAGCGUCGCUUCGUCCAUAUCAUCGUCUGUUUGGAAGAUCAAAUGCCAGCCUGGCGACGUCAUACAAUCUGCCGAUGAAGUUUUGAUCAUCCUCGAAGCGAUGAAGACCGAGAUCAAUAUUCUUGCAGGAGAAGAAAAUAUUGGAAAGGUGGUGAAAAGCCUGGGUAAAGGGAUCAGGGAAGGAGCAAGUGUCCAAGCGGGAGACGUUCUCGCGUGGUUCGAAUAG